UGUCUGCAAAUUAUAUCAGUGUUUUUCACAGAUUUUCUCAAAACUACCGAAAAAUUAUUCAAGAGAAUAAUUAAAUAGAGAAGAGAAAUCAAUAAAAAAUGGCUCUCAAAGUUGGAUUUUGGGUCCUUCUUCUUGUAACUUUGGCGCAUUCCAGAUCCUAUAGAGAGGGUUCAAAAAAUGAAGAUAUCUCAAGAAAUGAAACUAAGAGCCCAUUGGAAAUAAUUAGUUACAGAGAGGAAAAGGUUCCAACAUUAUAUUUGGUCCUUUUUGGAAACACUAUGACCGAAUUGGACAUUCCUGAAAAAGAAAAAGCAAUCUUGGACACGAGGUAUGAGCGAAAAAGAGAAAAAAGAAACGCAAAUGAGGACGAUCUUGAAACUGCUGCUGGUACCAACGUUCUUCGACCUCUUUUUGUUUAUCGACAACAACUAGCAUACCGAGAACGUCUGAGGAAGAGCAACCGUCGUGUAUUUCGGUUUUAAAUUAUCCUAUCCGGAAGGUAUACAAAAUUACUGAUAUGUGAAAAAUAAUUCAGAAGAACAUUUAUUUUAUCUCAAUACGGACGGUUGUUUAGAAUGAAAUUUUAUUUUACAAUUAAAAUAAAAAAAAUUUUAGUAGGAAAAAUUUUUUCAGUCACUUUCUGUGAACUCAAGUAAAUUUUUCUUUUGAAUUGUCAAUUGAAAAACUUUAUUCAAAAGCCAGAACGUAAUUCUUGAAAAUACAUUCUUGCAUAAGUAGAAGAAACUAUAAUGAUAAAAAUAUUGAAUAUUACACUGUUUAAAGUGUUUGUAAUUAAUUAGGAAAAUUUCUUAUUGAUGUCUGCUUGAGAAAUAAGUAGAAAGUAGAAUGUCAACUUCCGACUUUUUAAAUUUUAAUUGUAUUAAAAUUCGUUGUUUCACGAUUUCUUCAGAGAAAUAAUGUUUUGAAAUACAAGAAAAAAAUAUUUUGUUAUCUUACUCUUCAAAUAAUUAUUUGUACAAAGUAAUUGUUAAACAACAAAUUUAAUUUAAUUUAAUUAAAAGUAGAUAAUUGGAAAUAUUUUAAGCAGUGCAAGUUCACACUGAUAAAGACUGAUCUCCAAACGACCAAAAAUGAUUAAAAACUACCCAGUGGGAAAUUGCGAAGGCUUCGACUCGGUAAAUGCAAUUGUCAUACCUUAGGAUUUAAGAUUUCGUUUUAAUUAUUGUUAAGGCAAUUUAAAUGUUUUUGUUCCAUAUAAAAUAUGUUUUCGUUAAUCGUUAUGGAAAUUUAUAAUCUGCAAAAUUACAAUUUAUUAUCAAAUUUGUUGCAGCUCGAUUUAUUAUUUGCAUUGUUGAACUUUGUGUUUAAAUAUACUUUUGUAAUUUAUUUUUUAGUCGAACAAUAUAAACUGUGAAAUUUUUCUGUUCUUGUUUUGUAUCAAAGCAUUAUUUGUAGUGAAAUCAAUUUCAUGCUGUAUAAGUGUAU